CGCGGCUGUGCGGCGCUGGCGAUUCGGGUGGGGGGGUACCUUAGGUCGGAAAUUGCUUUGUUCCCUUGAAACGUUAUUUGCUUGUUGUUUUGGGGAGGCGGGGUCGAUUGUCGGUGCAGAAGUUCCACGUUUCUCGUCGACCUUUCCGCGGUUGCAUAAUUACAAUAAAGCGGCUGAGAGAUACGGCUCAGCGGCGGUGUCCGACAGGCUCUCUUGCGCACAAAGGUCCGGCUGGAUCGCCGAUCCGCUCCGUACUUAUCUUGCGGAGCUGCUCCACAAACGCGCUUUGUAAUGCCGGGGCUCCGGCUCCGCCAGCCGAUUUCCCACCGUCGGCCGGAUUUGAGCUCAUUUCUCGCCAGUGAUGUGCAGAUGCCUGCGGCUUCAGGCUGAAGAUCAUUCCUAUUUUUGAAUUUCUUUUAAUUGUGAUUUUUUUAAAAAAAAUAUCUAUUUAGUUCUGCGAUCUGAAUACGCUUUGUCAUACCUUAAUGUGUCUUGGGUUAUCAAGAUAGCCAUGUCGCUUUGCACAUCGCAGUGCGAUCAAUAUCGAUAAAGCAUCUUUUUUUCGGCCGAUUUCUUUAAUCCCCCAGUGGCCCCGCGUGUUUUAUUUUCUUUCUGCUGGACAAAUAAAUAUAAAAUUGGCAAAGAGGGAUCGCCGCGAUUUAAUGCCCUCUUGACGAAAGGGGAAAAUGUGGGUUAACCCAGAUGAGGUCCUGCUGGCCAGCGCUUUAUGGAUCACGGAGAGAGCAAAUCCAUACUUCAUCCUCCAGAAGAGGAAAGGCCAUGGGGACGGCGGAGGAGGAGGAGGAGGAGGUCUCGCAGGUCUCCUCGUGGGGACCCUCGACGUGGUCCUGGACUCCAGUGCUCGGGUCGCCCCCUACAGGAUCCUGUAUCAGACGCCAGACUCCCUCGUGUACUGGACGAUUGCUCAUGGGAGCUCCCGGAAAGAGAUUACAGAACACUGGGAGUGGCUGGAACAGAACCUUCUGCAGACUCUCUCCAUCUUCGAGAAUGAGAAUGACAUCACCACAUUCGUCAGGGGCAAGAUUCAGGGUAUCAUAGCGGAGUACAACAAGAACCACGACAUCCGGGAGGACGAUGACACGGACAAGUUCAAGGAGGCCAUCUCCAAGUUCCGCAAGCUCUUCGGCAUGCCCGAGGAGGAGAAGCUGGUCAACUACUACUCCUGCAGCUACUGGAAGGGCAAGGUUCCCCGACAGGGCUGGCUGUACCUCAGCAUCAACCAUCUCUGCUUCUACUCCUACCUGUUGGGGAAGGAAGCCAAACUGGUCAUCCGAUGGGCAGACAUCACCCAGCUGGAGAAAAAUGCCACCUUGCUACUCCCGGACAUGAUCAAAGUGAGCACCAGGUCCAGCGAGCACGUCUUCUCCGUCUUCCUCAACAUCAACGAGACCUUCAAGCUGAUGGAGCAGCUGGCCAACAUCGCCAUGAGGCAGCUUCUGGAUAACAAGGGCUUCGAGCAGGAUCGCUCGCUGCCCAAGCUGAAGAAGAAGUCUCCCAAGAAGGUGUCGGCCCUCAAACGGGACCUCGAUGCCAGGGCCAAAAGCGAGCGAUACCGGGCCCUGUUCCGCCUGCCCAAGGACGAGAAGCUGGACGGACACACAGACUGUACCCUCUGGACCCCCUUCAACAAAACUCACAUCCUGGGCCAGAUGUUCGUCUCCACCAACUACAUUUGCUUCUCCAGCAAGGAGGAGACCCUGUGCAGCCUCAUCAUCCCUCUGCGUGAGGUGACUAUCGUCGAGAAGGCGGACAGCUCCAACGUACUGCCCAGCCCUCUAUCCAUCAGCACCAAGAACCGCAUGACCUUCCUCUUCGCCAACCUCAAAGACAGGGACUUCCUAGUCCAGAGGAUUUCUGACUUCCUGCAGCAGACCACGUCCAAGAUCUACUUCGAACAGGAGCUCACCAGGAGCCUCAACAGCUUGGACGACGAGGGAAGCCUGAUCUCCUGCAGCCCCCAGAGGAGCCUGGGCUCUGAGAUCGAGGGUGAGCGACAGUUCAACUUCAACGACAACAGCAUGUCUACCGCCAAGCAGGCGCUCAUGACCAUGUACCGGCGCCGCUCCCCCGAAGAGUUCAACCCCAAGCUGGCCAAGGAGUUCCUGAAGGAGCAGGCGUGGAAGAACCACUUUGCAGAAUACGGCCAGGGCGUGUGCAUGUACCGCACGGAGAAGACCAAAGAUCUGGUUCUCAAGGGCAUCCCAGAGAACAUGCGAGGAGAGCUCUGGCUGCUCUUCUCCGGAGCCAUCAACGAAAUGGCCACGCACCCCGGCUACUACGAGGAGCUGGUGGAGAAGUCCAGGGGCAAGUACAACCUGGCCACGGAGGAGAUCGAGCGAGACCUGCACCGCUCGCUGCCGGAGCACCCUGCCUUCCAGAACGAGAUGGGCAUCUCCGCGCUGAGGAGGGUCCUCACCGCCUACGCCUUCCGCAACCCCCACAUCGGCUACUGCCAGGCCAUGAACAUCGUGACUUCGGUGCUGCUGCUCUAUGCUAAUGAAGAAGAAGCUUUCUGGCUCUUGGUGGCGCUAUGCGAGCGGAUGCUGCCUGACUACUACAACACCAGGGUGGUCGGGGCGCUGGUGGACCAGGGCGUGUUUGAGGAGCUAGCCAGAGACCACGUGCCUCAGCUGUACGACUGCAUGCAGGACCUGGGCGUCAUCUCCACUAUCUCGUUGUCCUGGUUCCUCACGCUCUUCCUCAGCGUCAUGCCCUUCGAGAGUGCGGUGGUGGUCGUCGACUGCUUCUUCUACGAGGGCAUCAAGGUGAUCUUCCAGCUGGCUCUCUCCGUGCUGGACGCCAACAUCGAGAAACUUCUGAACUGCAAGGAUGACGGGGAAGCCAUGACCGUUCUCGGCAGGUACCUGGACAGCGUGACCAACAAAGACAGCACCCUCCCUCCCAUCCCACACCUUCACUCCUUGUUGACAGACGACGGGGAGCCCCACCCGGAAGUGGACAUCUUCAAGUUGGUCCACAGCUCUUACGAGAAAUUCGGCACGAUCCGAGCCGACGUGAUCGAGCAGAUGCGCUUCAAGCAGAGGCUGAGGGUGAUCCAGACAAUAGAGGACACGACUAAGCGCAACGUGGUCCGGACCAUAGUCACUGAGACGGCAUUCAGCAUCGACGAGCUGGAGGAGCUAUUUGUCCUGUUCAAGGCGGAACACCUGACAAGCUGCUACUGGGGAGGCACCAGCAAUCCCACAGACCGGCAUGACCCCAGCCUGCCCUACCUGGAACAGUACCGCAUCGACCUGGAGCAGUUUAAGGGACUCUUCGGGCUGCUCUUCCCCUGGGCCAGCGGGGCACACUCAGACACCCUCGCCCUGCGCUUCUUCCGGCUCUUGGACCACAACGGCGAUGGCCUCAUCAACUUCCGCGAGUUCGUCACUGGCCUGAGUGUCCUUUGUCACAGCGAUCUCACGGAGAAGCUCAAACUGCUCUAUAAGAUGCACGUCCUGCCUGAGCUGUCACAUGACCAGGAGGAGCCGGACUCUGCAUUCGAGGCCACCCAGUACUUCUUCGAGGACAUCACCCCCGAGACGUCCCAUGGGCUCGACUCCAGGUCUAAGAAUGACAAGGAUGACGGUUUUGUAAGAGUCACCUUCAAGACCGAAAAAGUGAAAAAAAUCCACACUCCAGACUACCGUGCAUAUCUGAGGCUGUGGAACCAGGAGACCAGAUCUAAGCUGGAGAACAUCAAAGAGCUUCCGAAACUGAACCAGGGUCAGUUCAUCGAGCUGUGUAAGACCCUGUACAACAUGUUCAGUGAGGACGCCAUGGAGCAGGACCUGUAUCACGCCACGGCCACAGUGACCAGCCUGCUGCUGGAGAUGGGUGAGGUGGGCAAGCUCUUCAUCAGCCCCAGCAGCAAGGAGGAAGAGGAGGAUGAGGAGGAGAGCGGGAGCACCGGAGCGGGGGUGCAGGGAGACGGCUUCUUCCAAGGGCUUGAUGUGGGUGGAGGGCCUGUCGAAAUCGGACAGACCAAGUCACAUGACUUGGGAGCCGGCGGCGAGCCUGCGGCCAGCCCGCCAAUGGAGGACGUGAAGCUUGAAGACUCGUCGCCAAAGGAGGCGGGUCUUUCCUCGGCCAUGCUGAUCUCCGACGACGAGACCAAGGACGACACGUCCAUGUCGUCGUACUCGGUGCUGAGUGCUGGCUCGCACGAGCUGGAGGAGAAGCUGCAGUGUGAGGACAUCGCCGAUGAUACCGUACUGGUGCGUAGCGGCGACGGUGGAAGCAGCACCGACAGCAGCGGUAGCCGUGGCAACGGGCUGUCGCGCAGCGCCAGCCUGGACAAGGACUGGGCCAUCACCUUCGAGCAGUUCCUGGCCUCCGUGCUGACUGAGCACGCCCUGGUGCAUUAUUUCGAGAAGCCAGUGGACGUCAUGGGCCGCAUCACCAACGCCAAGAACGUUCGCAAGGUGGGCCGGCCUCUCACCUCCUCUAGCGAUUAUGAGAUAUCACUUUCAGGGUGAGACGGUCGGCCCCCAACGGAGGUUAAAAAAUAACACAAAACAAAAAACUACCAAAACGUUACUUUGUGAAAUGAACAGUGUUUUACUGCAUCUUCGUUCGGGUGGUAGGAGAAGUUAAUCAGAUUAAUUUUUGUGCAUAAUAACAUGUAUGAUUUACGCAAGGGAGGUGAAAGGACAAAACGUGAACAUUGUAUUUUAUCUAUAAAAUGUGGAACGGCUGUUUUAUUCUUAGACUGUGAACAGAGUUUUAUUGGAGGGUCUGGUUACCAGACGCUUUGUGGGAGGUCGCUGACCGUAGAACGAGCUGUAAACAUUGAGCCAUGACCGCGGGACCCCGUUGUGAAUGACCUGAACGUGCAUGGACCAUAACUAUAGAGCCGAGAAGCAGAAGUUACUCGACAUUUUUUGUAAUAUCCGCAGAUGUUAUUCCCUGUAUUCGGCUGGCAACAAGAGUCAUUUCUCUCUCUCUCUCCGAUCAAAAAAAAAGAGAGAGCGUUAUUAAACAAGGUAGCAACCUGUACCUGUGCGUUUUCUCCGCAGUUAUGCAGGACCUCGCGAUAUUGCGAUAUUCGCGACUCACAAAUAUUCGCGCUGACGCGUCGGUGUGAUCCGCAGACCGCAUUCCUGCUUUUGGAAUGCUUCCUGAUUCUGUUUAUUUUCCGGAGCUGUUAUACCGAAACUGGCUGUAACUGAGCUCUGUAAUCCGACUCUGACUACUGACGCCCAGGUGUUAAACGAGCUUGCCAUGAUUUAGCUGGAGUCCUGUGCAACGAUACCAACUUUCUUGAUCAUGUUAGGCAAUGUAAUCCCUUACUGUGACCUACACUUUAACUGUCUAAAAAAAAUCAGAAAUCCCCGAUGCUCUGAGCUGUAUCACACACACACAUAUAUAUAUAUAUAUACUCCUGUGAUUUAACCACGUAAUACUUAACCAGUACCUAAACUUUGUACAGAAUCUGUGUAAUAGUUGCAUAAUUUUUUUAAAAAACUGCCCGUUUUAUUCUAGAGCACCCGCACUUUGAGUCACAUUUGUUGCCAGCAAUGGUUUACAUGUCGUUAUCUUUGAUUUCCAUACAGGGAAUUCGCUUUUAUUUCACUGUUAUCCUUUUUAUUUGAAACUUGUUUCCUCUUGCUGAAGCAUUUCCUGUUUUUUAACCGUUCCCUGUUUCUGAAGCUGCUGUCCUAACCUCUUCCUGUGUGAAUAGUCGUAAAUGUCAUAUUUAUGGAUUACACCACUUUAGCUGAUUAAAUAUAUGGACUGAAGUGUUCAAAACCAGACAUACAAAAUAAGUCGUCAGUGUUGUCUUUAUUGAUCUGAGCGAACCGUUCCUUUAUACCUUUACACACCUUAGUUAGCGUUCUGGUUUCCCCUCCAUUUAGCUGAGCUAGUCUUUCUGAUCUGCUGAUUCAUAAUCUUCCACUAUAAGCCGUGACCUAGAAUAGCUGGCAGACAUCCUCUGGCCCCGUGCCACACUGUCGGUCACAGCGACAGUGACAGGAGUGCGCUAUUCCACUGGGAAUCCGCUAGGCGGCAGCACCACACAGUGGCGCUUCUAGGACCUUCGCACUUUUAAGUUUCUGCUAUGUAGCAAGAUUAAACCCGAACUACUCACGUGGGUUUGCGUACAGCGUUUUCUACAAUUUUUCGAUACAAUAAAGUCAAGUAACAGGUUUUUCUUGUAUCAUUGCAAUAUGGUAGCUUUAUUACUGUUUCAUUUUCAUUUUGUUGAACAUUGUAUGAAACGCCAACCCUCAUUUGAUUUUAAUUCUGAACUUUUUUUUUUUUUUUAAAAAAGGUAAUUUGUCUGUAAUCCUCUGAAGUUUUACCCUUUGCUUGUUGGACCCAGUACCUACGGCAUUAUUACAUAACAGGGGAAAUCGUUCCUGCAGUUCAAAGGAUUCAGAGAUACAUUUGUGUUCUGUUCUGCGUUACUAGGAGAGGUGGGGGGUGUGUGCAUAUUCAGCCAAUCAGAAGUGCCGGUUAUACUUUGCUACUAUUGCAGCAUAAUUAUGUUGUCUUGGGGUGCUGUAAAUGCCAAUGUACAUUCUGUUUGUGCUCUGUCGAACUUAUUACAUUUUAUUCUGAAUUAUGUUGGAGAAGCAGGAACUCUGUUCCAAUGCUAAGUGAUGACUCCUGGCAACAGUAACCAGGGAAACAAGGUUGGUAUCACAUUUGGUGGCCAUUUAGAGAGGUGAUCACAAAGCUACUAUACGACAUCGUAGUUUGUGGGAGUUAGAUUCGGCUCACAUUUGUACCGAGGAUGGACAAAUGUUUGGGGCAUGACUCCCUACUUCCGUCCCUCGUCAGCAGUCGUACUUUGCAGCGUAUAAUCUGUGAGGUGGGGAACCGGGCAUUUGUGUAAUCAGCCAUGUCUCCGGUUCACCUGAACUAUGCACCUUUGGACUGGAGUGAGGGUCGGGUGCAGAGUCGAACCCACAGCCCCACGCGUCCAGCUACCGGGCUGUGGGAUCUUCUCCCGAGGACCGAUCUGAACAAGGCUUGAUGCCUUCAAUGCAGAAAUUAGGCCAGACUCUUCCCAGUUGUUUUUGUCGUCGUUGUCUGGUGUGACUCGGCCGUUUUGCUUGUACUGAAUUACUCUGGCUCGCGUCACCUACUGCUUAAAACAAAAAGAAAAACAUUGUCUGUCGGGUGAUUAAUGAUGGAAUCCUAAGUGCUCAAGUUAUUUAACUUGACUGACAUGCUUGCCUGCUGUUCAGGUUAUGGCCGGUUUGCUUCUAACUUGUAUUUUGUGCCCGGCCUCCGCUAGUGAAAAAAGCUUUAACUCCUUAUAUGCACAUUUGGAACUGUGUGUUAAACAUUAAACUCAUUGAGCCUCA